AUGACGGCGGUGCAUUGCGUGGGUGGUAGUCGUGGUUACGGUGGUGACGAGCAGCCGUUGCAUCUCUCAGUGGUGGAGGCUAUCCGUAUUCAGCGGGAAUUAAAACGACAUGGUGGUGAGCCAAUAGCUACCGAACAGGGUGGGCGUAUGUUUGCCUCUCAGUACGCGUCACCGUUGCAGAUGCUUCGACGAUCCACAGCUGUUCGCAAUUCAGUGUCUUCUUGUCUUCAGGCGGAGAAGGAGAAGGGUCAGCGACGGCGGGCGGGCAAACGCUCCACCUUCUCAUGGCUAAGCGCGUCUUAUUGUCGUGCGGAGCCGUGUAUUGGCAGGCGGAAAGGUCGAGGUCUGACACAGUUGUUGCUUGCAAGGGAAGCGAGACCGCCACCGUUUCCCAGCGUGGCAGCCAGGCUUGAGAACGACAUUGCGUUGGGUCUUGCAGCAUCCAUGUGGCAAAGCGGCAAUGUUGUUGGGCAUUGCAAUGACCGACUCGCCCACCUCUUAGUGCUUUCUUCCACUGUGGUGCAGUGGGUGGGGCAUGAGGUACAGAAUGGAGGCGAGCCACGCGUGCCACUGGAGUUGCGGGAGGCAUUCAUGGCUGUUAUUGAACACUUUGUCCGUCUAGAGUGCGUCGUCGCGAGGGAAAUGCUGUUAACUUCCGUUGAAGAGGAAUUGCAACGGCAACAGGGGGAAUACGCACAACGGCAGCAUUUACCGGAGAGAUCUCUUUCUGGGACGGACGUCAGGAAGAUGUCACCGGCUGCGUUUUCGGUGGCCGUGGAGAGCGCCGCGCGAGUCAUUCGUGGUCUUGUGGAGCCCGCCACGCUGGCGGCAGCAGCCGUGGCCCCAACGUGGCAGUACUCUCUUGUCCGUACGGCAGCGGAUGUGCCAAAUCGUUACGACAUCCUUGACGCAAUGGCGUAUGUUUUGCAGCCGUGUCGCCACCUGACGGUGCGCCGCACCUUUUGCGCCGUUACACGACAAUUGGCACUUGAGGUGCUGUGGGGUGCAGGCAAUGAAAAAUUUGGGACACGUGGCGGGGCUGCUGCACUUCGCAUCUUGCAGCACAUCAACACACGACCCUUUUUUCUUACCGUGGAGGAGCGAGUGGCUGGCCAGCGAUUCCUUGCGUUGCUUGAGCGGAAGUUACGCUCCCUGACGGCGCUGUUGCCGCCAAACGCUUUGGAUGAAGCUUCACGGCCGACGAGGGAACUAAUCGAUGCAGUGCGGCUUUUUUGCACACCUCUUGCAUGA